UAAAUAAAGCGGAAAUUCGUCAAACUGGAGUUGGGGUUAGUCUAGGACUCUAGGAGUCUACUAGUCUCCGGUCGGCGGUAGUGGCGAGAGUGGGCCCCGCCUGCCUGAUCGGGAACUUCAUAUCGCCCAGUCCCAUUUUGGACGGAAUAGUCUUGUGAAGGAAAUUGAUCCGGAGAUUGUUUUGGUUUUCCAGUUGGUUGAUUUGAGGGUAAAUGGGAGUGAUGAUCCAUUUUUGGAAGGUGAUCUUUAGCCUGGUGCUUUUGCUAUCUGUUUCUACAGCAUCAGAGGCAUUGGUAGAAGAUGAUUUUGAGCAGUGUGAGCACACAGUCAAAAAGUGGGCAUCUUCUUCCCUUGAAUCAGAAGUCAGCGAAGACAAACAUCUGUUGAGGGACUUGCUAUUUUUCCUUCAUGUACCUAGGACAGGUGGAAGGACUUAUUUUCACUGUUUCCUGAAAAAGCUUUAUGCUAACUCUUUGGAGUGCCCACGCUCCUAUGAUAAGUUAAGGUUUGAUCCCAGAAGGCCAAACUGUCGUUUAUUGGCUACUCAUGAUGACUACAGCUUGAUGUCGAAACUUCCUAAUGAUAGAACUUCUGUGGUGACAAUUAUUAGGAAUCCAAUUGACCGUGUUUUUAGUGCUUAUGAAUUUUCAAUUGAAGUAGCUGCUAGGUUUUUGGUGCACCCUAACUUAACAUCUGCCACCCGAAUGUCUGGAAGGAUCCGUUCAAAGUCAAAGGGAGUAAGCACUCUAGAUAUCUGGCCAUGGAAGUAUUUGGUUCCAUGGAUGAGAGAAGAUUUAUUUGCUCGAAGGGAAGCUAGAACACGUAGAGGUGAAACAAUUAUCAAUGGCAAUGAUCCAUACAAUAUGCAAGACAUCGUGAUACCGUUACACAAGUAUAUUAAUGAGCCUAUAGCCCAGGAUCUCAUUCACAAUGGGGCGACAUUUCAGGUUGCAGGACUCACAAACAACUCUUAUAUGGCAGAGUCACAUCAUGUGCGUCAUUGUGUACUGAAGUAUCGGACUCUUGGUCAGUAUGUGCUUGAAGUUGCUAAGAAGAGGUUGGACGGAAUGCUGUAUGUUGGGAUCACUGAGAACCACAAAGAGUCAGCAGCCAUGUUUGCAAAUGUGGUUGGUACUCAGGUGAUAUCCCAGUUAACCCCAUCAAGUUUUGGUAAAAGCACAGGAGCUAUCAACAAUUCAGAACAGAGUGACCCAUCCGGAGAUUCUGAUUCUGAUACAGAGAGCAAGCCACGGCAUCCAGUAUUGGCUGAAAAUACUGAAGCAAUAAAUAAAAAUAUGACUGCAGGCAAACUCAUUGAAGCAUAUGAGAUCUGCAUGAAAAACUUACGUUCAACUCAGGCACAAAGAAGAACAAACUCACUGAAGAGAGUAUCUCCUGCAAAUUUUACAAAAGAGGCUCGCCGUCUGAUUCCCGGGGAACUCAUCCAGGAGAUAACUCAACUAAACAGCCUAGAUAUGCAACUCUAUGAAUAUGCACAACACAUCUUUGAGAAGCAAAAGAAACUUGGAACACAGAGAAUGGUGGUUAGUGUCGUGGGGGACAAUGGAAUGCUGAGCAGCUCAGAUGAUGCCUCUUGGAGACCCCUUUAUUUUGCAUUACCAUUUAUGUUUCUGUUCCUCUUCAUUUUCAUCAUUGUAAAUGCUAAACGAAGAACAUCAAAGGUUAAAUUAUGAACAGGGAAUGGAUUGUUGCAGAAGUAUGAGUUUACAAAGCAGCAAAAAGAGCAUAUAGAAGAGUUAGUUGAGUCCAUUGUUUCUUCAACCAACGUUGAUAGCAAUUUUGUACAUGUAACCAAUCCGAGUAAUUUAAUCUUUUUUUUUUUUUUGGGAACAGUUUCCAGUUGUCCAAAUUUCCAGUUUCAUUAUCUUUAUUAACAAAAUUAUUUUGCA